AUGGCCACAAUCUUCCCACCAACAGCCGCCAGGACCUGGCACUACAUCAGCACGAAAGGCGGCCUCGAAAAGAACCUCACCCUCAUCACCUCAAACCCUGUACCCAAACCAACACAAAGCCAACAUCUCAUCCAAGUAAUAGCCACCGCAUUAAACCCCGUCGACUACAAGGUCGCCGAGAUCCCCAUAGCAGGCCGCUUCCUAGUCUCCAGAUCCAAACCCGCCACCCCCUGCGUCGACAUCGCAGGCCGUAUCGUAACACCAGCAACCGAUUCCCCCUUUAAGCGCGGCGACUUUGUCUUCGGCGCCUCGGGCACUUCACCAUUUGCCGGCGGCGGAUUAAGCGAAUUCACGAUCGCGGGGAAGGAUAAUGUCGUCAAGGUGCCGGAAGGAGUGAGUCUGGUUGACGCCGCGGCUGUCCCGAUAGCGGGCUUGACGGCCUACCAGACCAUUGUGCCGAGAGUCAAGAAAGGCGAUCACAUCUUCAUCAACGGCGGAUCGGGUGGGACAGGUAUCUUCGGGAUCCAAAUCGCGAAAGCUGUAGGCUGCCACGUGACGACGUCCUGCUCGACCCCGAACGUCGAGCUCUGCAAGAGUCUCGGCGCGGAUGAAGUGGUGGAUUAUCGGAAAGACAGUGUGGCAGAGGCGUUGAAGGCCAGUGGAGUCCUGUUCGAUCAUAUUGUUGAUAAUGUUGGGAGUGAGGAUUUGGAGCUGUAUUGGAAGUGCCAUGAAUUUACAAAGCCCGGAGCUGUGUAUGUCUUGAUUGCAGGAUCACUUACGCUUUCCAGUGUGGUGGAAAAGGCAAAAGUGAAGUUUCUACCUGGCUUUCUAGGUGGUGGGAAGCGGAAGCUCGAAGGCUUCUUUGCGAGUCCCAAUGCGGCAGACUUGGCGCAGAUUGGAGUGUGGAUGACAGAGGGGAAGAUCAGGUCUGUGAUUGACUCGAAGUUUUCCUUUGAGGAGGCGCCGAAGGCUUUCGAGAAACUGAAGACAGGGAGGUCGAGAGGGAAGAUUAUCGUUGAUGUAGCGAUGGAAACGUAUGAGAAGUCGUGGUCUGGCUGA